UGAUUCAAAGCUCACGUUGGAAGAACAUUCAAUAUCAAUUGUGUGCCGAGGCAAAGGGAACGCUGCACUGAGUUAAACAUCGCCAGUCAUGGCGUCCGAGGCUCUACGUGGGCAGCAGGUCCUGGUCACUGGUGCCAACGGUUUCCUUGGUUCGCACCUUACCCUGGCGCUACUCCGACGGGGACAUUUCGUUCGAGCUUCGGCUCGUUCGCUUUCGAAGUUCGAGCUUUUCGCCACACGGGAGCCUUUUGCGGAAUACUACAAGUCUGGAAUGCUCACGUUCACGCCUAUGUCAGACUUGGUACAUGGCGACUUUAAUGAUAUGGUUAAAGGUUGCGCGGUGGUCUUCCAUGUCGCCUCUCCUUUCAUCUACCGCAAACUCGAGGCAGGAGAAGCCGAGUCGUUGUUCAUGCAACCUGCCCGAGAAGGUGUGCGCAACAUCUACGCAGCAGCACAGAAAGCGGGCGUAAAACACCUCAUCAUGACCAGCAGCGAUGCAGCCGUCUUCCAGGCAGACGACAAGUGGGAUAAUGGCAAACUUUAUACCGAAGCAGACUGGAACAAGGCGACCUACAAGGAAGGUUGUGCAAGCCAAGAUGCGGGGUUUGCGUAUGUCGUCUCCAAAGCUGAGGCUGAGAGGGAGCUCCAUCACCUCGCCUCGUCAUCCAAGGAUGUGCCCAUGCACGUCACUGCGAUUUGCUGCCCCUGGAUCUUUGGACCUUGCAUCCACGGGCCAAAGAGCGUAAAGGAACUCAACCUCAGCAACGCAUGGCUUUGGCAGUACGUCACCGCUGAACCCGGCACGGACGUGCCCACUGAGAAUAACCCGAUCUACGUCGAUGUGCGUGACGCAGCCGAAGCGCACGUGCUUAGCUGGGAGAAGGCGCAAGCUGGUCGAUUCUUGCUCUCAGGCGGGCAUUGGGAUCCAAGAAAGGUGCUCGACAUCAUGCUUGCAAGCGACAACGAAGAGCUCGUGAAGCUUGCUAAGCACCGUCUCGGUGAUCAAUGUGCACAGCCGCACCCGAGCCGAUGGCAGGAGGCGAAUGCAAUGUGCCAAUCGUACGAUAGCACUCGCAGUCGUGAACUGCUCGGCCUAUCAUACCGCUCGAACAAAACGUCCAUUAUAGAUGCAUGCUCGCAAUUUGCAGGCCUUCCGGCAUGAUUAUAAUUAACCCCAAAGACUCUGUGUUUUCCCUUCAAUGUGCCUAGUGUAGUACUUUUUUAUUCUACGCGGCAAGCAAGUUGGAACAGUUCCGAUAGUUAAGUAUGACGUGAGCUCGUCAGGUGCGCGCGAUUGUAACGACGUCCACCAGCCUUGUAAUUGGGACAGC